AUGAAGUUCGGCAAGACGCUCCAGCAGCAGAUCUUUGCCCAGAACGGGUUCCCCGGGUGGAGCAGCUUCUUCUGCGACUACAAGGGCCUCAAGAAGAUCAUCAACUCGCUCGCAAAGGGCCGACCCGCCGACGCUGCGCUCCUCGCCGCUGGCGUUCGACCGCCCCGACCCGACGCCGCCGAGCAGCUGCCCGCGCACAAGGCCGCCUUCUUCUUCAAGCUCGAACGCGAGCUCGAAAAGAUCAACGACUUCUACUACCAGCGCGAGAGCGCCCUCAAGGUCCGCCUGCGCACCCUGAUCGACAAGCGCAAGCUCCUCACGGCGUCGCUCUCCGAACCCAACGGCAAGGUCAAGGCGCUCAGCCGCGACAGCAGCAGCUUUGGCGCCCUGUACGAGGGCUUCCGCAACUUUGAGCGGGACCUCGGGCGGCUCCAGACUUACAUCGAGCUCAACGCGACGGCGUUCCGCAAGAUCUGCAAGAAGUGGGACAAGGCGUGCCGGCGGCAGGCCGACCGGUUCGGCGACACGCGGCCGCAAGAGGGCCAGCCCGACGGCCAGCUGUACCUCGCGCGCCAGGUCGAGGUCCAGCCCGUGUUCAACCGCGAGUUCAUCGCCCAGCUGUCGGACGUCGCGUCGGCCAACCUGCUCUCGCUCGAGAACCUCCUCGGCGGCGACGGGCAGCGCACGGGCUCGGCCGCGCUCGCCGACGGGUCGAGCAUCGACGGCACGACCCACUCGGCGCCGCACCUCCCGACCCUGUUUGACCGCGCCGACCGCGCCGAGGCGCUCGAGGACCUCGAGACGGCGCUCGUGUCGGCCGUAAAGGCGCGCGACCAGGCCAUCGUCGACGAGGUGCUCGGCCUCCUCCUCCCGAGCACACGCGCCGAGGGCGAGCCCAAGGGUCCUGUCGCCCGGAUCCUGUGGCGCGCCGCGCUCGAGGAGGCCGACGCCGAGCCUCGGCAGCAGCCGAUGCAGCAGGACGGCGUCGAGCCGCACCCCGAGCAGCAGCACCAGCAGCAGCAGCAGUCGGCGACGCCGGCCAUCCCGCAGGGCCUGCUCGACUUUGCGUUCGUCGACGACAUCAACGGGCGCACGACGCUGCACGAGUCGGCGAGCGCCGGGCGCCUCGCGCUCGUCGUCGCGUGCCUCGAGCACGGCCUCUCGGUCGCGCAGGCCGACGUGUACGGCCGCCAGCCGCUCCACUACGCGGCCAUGAACGGGCACGCCGCCGUGUGCCGCACGCUGCUCGACGCGGGCGCGAGUCCGUCGACGGCCGACCUCGACGGCUACUCGCCCAUCAUCUACUCGAUCACCAACGGGUGGACGAGCGUCGUCGAGACGUUCCUCGCCGCUGGCGUCAGCUUUGACGAGCCUGCCGAGGCGCCGGGCUCGUCGUCGUCGUCGUCGUCGUCGGCCGACCAGCUCAACGCGCUGUCGCUCGCGAGCCAGUACGGCCACGAGGCGAUUGCCCGCCUCCUCCUCGAGCGCGGCGCCAAGGUCCUCCCCAACCCGGCCGGCUACUGGCCCCAGCACCUCGCCGCGCGCGAGGGCCACGCCGGCGUGCUCGGCCUCCUCGUCGAGGCGAUCCAGGCCGAGGCGGCAGCGUCGGCAGCGGCCGCGGUCGAGGGCGGCAUCGACGCGCCGGACAAGUACUCGCAGGCGACGCCGCUGUGCCACGCUGCGAGCGAGGGCCACGCCGAGUCGGUGCGCGUCUUGCUCGCGGCCGGCGCCGACGUGCACGCCGUCGACGAGUUCAAGCGCACGCCGGUGCACUACGCGGCGUGGCAGGGCCACAUCGAGUGCGUCAACCUCCUCAUCGAUGCCGGGGCGACGAUCCCGCCCCAGCCGGCGGCGGCGGCGGCGGCGGCCGACGAGGCGGCGCACGCGACGGCGUCCGGCUCGACGACCGACAUGGCGCCGCCCGACCUCGACGACCUCGACGUCGACGCCAUCCCCGACCUGUCGCUCCCGCCGCCCAUCAUCCCGUUCCGCGUGUACGGCCACUCGUACAUCGACGAGAAGCGGCUCGUCCAGAUCACGCUCGGGCACCCAAACACGGCCCGGGCGCCGUUCCCGCCGCCGAUCCGCCUGUACGACCAGCCGAACCACGGUCACGCGCCGUCGCUCAAGCUCGUCAUCACGCCCAAGCCCGACUCGAGCGGGACGUCGAUCCCGCACUCGGUCAUUCUCCCGCUCGCCGACGAGCGCGAGGUCUUUUCGUUCCAGGUCGACACGCUCGCCGACAUCUCGCUCGAGUUUGACCUGUUCCCGACGUUUGGCAGCAAGAUGAUCGGCAAGGCGGUCGCCGUCCCGUCGACCUUUGCCGACCUCAAGAGCCAAGGGUCGUACGUCGUCCCCAUCGUCGACCCGCACCUCAAGGUCAUUGGCGACAUCCCGUUCGAGAUCAACGUCGUCAAGCCGUUCGGCCGGGCCCAGCUCCAGAUCGGCGGCCAGUUCGAGACGUACUGGAAGUCGACGGCGACGCUCCAGACGAGCGCCGCGCAGGGCGACCACAACGGCGGCGGCGGCGGCGGCGGCGGCGGGGGGUCGAACAACCCGGCCACGUCAAGCGUCGUCACGGCGUCGUCCCUCUCGGGCGAGCACGUGCGCAUCGUCGUCCAGGUGACGGCCGACGGGCACCCGGUCGCGUACCCGCUGUGGCGCCUGCCCGUCGACGGCUUCGACGUCAGCGUCGGCGACGUCCGGCUCGACCAGUUCUCGGCGCUCGCAAAACGGCUCGGCAAGUCGGUCGACCCGGCCCAGGUCGGCGACAGGGAGGACCCGUCGGCGUGGUACCAGGCCAUCGCCGACGCGCUCGUUCCGCUCGAGGAGUUGCUCUCGAUCCUGCCGGCGUCGCUCGGCGUCAACCUCGAGCUGCGGUACCCGACGCGGUCGGACGUGCGCCGCCUCUCGCUCAGCCGCACGCUCGAGGUCAACGACUUUGUCGACUGCGUCCUCUCGACCGUGUACAAGUCGAUCAAGUCGUCCCAUCCCUCGUCGCCUUCGUCGCCGACCGGCAACGGGCCCGACUCGACGCCCGCACACCGCCGCAUCGUCCUGUCUUCGUUCAACCCGGUCGUGUGCACGGCCCUCAACUGGAAGCAGCCCAACUUCAGCGUCUUCUUUGCGUCGUACUGCGGCCUGUCUCGGUCGGCCGGCGGCAUGGGCGACACGAUACCGGUCGAGGGUCAGCCGAGCAAGCUCGUGCCGGCGAACCGGGUCGAGGAUGACCGGCGCUGCACGAGCAUCCGCGAGGCCGUCAAGUUUGCCAAGGCCAACAACCUCCUCGGCAUCAUGCUCGAGGCGACCAUGCUCGUCCAGAUCCCGAGCCUCAUCCAGUCGGCGCGAGAACACGGCCUCCUCAUCACGACGUUUGGCACGGCGAGUCGAGUCGUGCUCGCCGACGCGCACAUGACGGACGGCGUCCUCUCGUACGCGACGAGCGACUUUCUCGCCCAGACGGCCGCGAGCUGAGGAGGGACGACGAGGCGGGCGAGGGAAACUAUAGAGACUCGUUGCAACGUGCAGUACACUAUCGUUCCGCCUCGUC